CCGGGGUCUCUCGGUGGCCCCCGUCUGUAGCCACACUGCGCAAGACAAUGUAUAUCCACCGAGCAAAAAGCAUAUGUAUCGAAUUCGAGCUAGAGUGGUGCGGCAAAAGCCACCGAAAAAGAGACGAGGAAAACACGCCCUGCCCCCAAAGAAACACGCCGCAGGCGUGGACCGGACCGCGGGUCUGUGCGACGCCCGGCACCCACAGAUCCCACGAAAUUGUCCUCCGUAGCACACUGGACCUCACCUCGCUCUACUGACCCAGGGCGGCCGCCAUGGGCUCCUACCACUACAGCUCCGCCUCGCAGUUCUUCUUCGCCGCCGGCGACCCCGGCCCCGGCCCCAGCCCCGCCGCGCGCAAGCCCGCCAGAACCGUCCGGAUCCCCGUCACCACGCCUCAGGACGCGGCGGCCGCCAGGAUCCAGGCGGCGUUCCGCAGCCGCCGGGUCCGGAGGCACGUGGCGGCCGUGCGCGCCGCCGACGCCGAGGCGACGCGGCUCGAGCGGCUGCUCCGGCGGCAGGAGACCGUGGACGCCGUCCGCGGCGACGACCGCGAGCGCGCGCGCUUCUCGGAGGCGCUCAUGGCCGUGCUGCUCCGCCUCGACGCCGUCCCGGGCCACGACCCGGCCGUGCGGGAGGCGCGGCGCGCCGUCAGCCGCCGCGUCGUCGGCCUCCAGGAGGUGUUCGACUCCGUGCUCGCCGCGCCCGAGGCCGACACCUACGGCGUCCCGGCGAGCCUGGCCCAGGUUCUCGAGGGGAUCUGGGGCGUCGGAGAGGCGCCGGCUGCGCCGCCGCCGCCGGCGGCAGCGGCCGCUGAGGAGGAGGCGAGGAGGAGUGGCUGGGGCAGGUUUUUCGGGGUACUUUAGCGCGCUUCCGCGACUGUGAGAUCGUAGUAUACCGCGUAUAAAUACGUACGUGUAUUUCGUGGAUGAUAUAUGAACAUGGAACGAAUACCUACAGUGAUAUACAUAUAUAUACUCUA